AUGGCAGAGUAUGACUCGAUUGCUUCACAGGCCCUGUCAGAUGACCAGAAGGUUGUGUCGCUGCUACGCUGUCUGACUGGGCAGCUCAGGCAACAUGUGAACCUGACCAUGGAAGACUCGUGGACGUAUGCCGAGUUGCGAGGACUUGUUGCCAGGUAUGAUGCAUCGUCGUCAAAGUGGAGUGCAUCAGUCGCAGCAACUUAUGGUCUUUCUGAGGGCAAAGGCGGUGUCUUGAUCAAUGCCCCCGUUGAGGACUCAACCGACCAAGGUGCGUCAGCCAGCAGUGAAGCAGCUCCAGCUGCACCAAAAGCCAAAACAACGCCCAAGGCCCAGGUGAGGCGCGUCGCAUACAACUUGGAUGACUUUGAUGAGUCCUUCGAUGGUAGUGUGCGCAUGGUGUCCAGAAUGUGUUCAGAUGAGGGUAACUUUCCUUCAGCAGGUCGUGACAAUGUGAGGCCUGCAGAGUUCUUCCAGGAUGCACAAGGGAACCCUUUGAUGGUCCACGGGACCAGGCGAGCUGAGCUGAGCUAUGGGGAUCAGCCAGCAUUCACUGAAACAUUUCUGGUCGCCCCUCACAUCGGCACUCCCCUUCUAGCCGUUGGGAAGUUGUAUCGCGCAGGCUUCAGUUUGCGGAAUGAAGAUGGCCGCAUGAGCCUUUGCAGCCCCAAUGGAGACAUCCAGAUCCCUCUGUAUCUGAAGCAGAACAGCCUUGCUGCAAAGUUGCAUGUGCGUGUCAUUCAGCAGGAUCCUCAGAGUGUCAGAGCUUUGAAGUGCACCGUAGGUGAUAUGGAACUGCCUGAUCACUUUGUGCAAUUGCAGCCAGAUGUGUUUGGCAUGCGUUCCCACAGCAAUCGCUUUGUCGACAUAACAAUGGCUUUGCCUCGCGAGGGUUGCAGCUUCAGGAGUACCGUUGCCAAGGCUUCGGGCUCAGAUGAGUGGGAAAUCCUUGAAUGGUGCGAAAGCAUCGUUGAUGUCGAUGAGUUGAGUGCAUUGCUGCCCGGAGGAAACAAUCAUGAGGUCAUUGUUUUCGCCACUCGUAAGGUCGUGGCGCCUGACGAUGUCGGGUUGACAGUUGUUGGUGAUGAAGGACCUACCGGGUCCAGUGGGCUUCCUGCCCCUCCUGCAGAUGAUGCUGACAUGGUCGGAUCAGAGCCUCAGCAUCAUGAUGCCGUAGAUCCCGACAAAGAGGCUGAGUUGCAGGUGGAUGCAGCAAUGCGUGAUGAGGUGCCAGCAGAUGACGAUGGCAGCUUGAUGGUUGAUGGAGUCUCCCUCAGCCUUGACUCGACUUUGAGUGUUUUGCGCCAAGCGGCCCAAUCUCUAGGGCUCGGACGCAGCGGCGGGAAGUCGACUGUCCUCAAGCGUAUCAAAGACCAUCUGACCCGCCAAAGUUUGCUGGCCGCGCAUCAAGCUCGAGAGCAUCUUGCAAGCACCACCGAGCGUGUGCCUCAGGAACAAAAGCCAGUUGUUCCACCGAGCGAGGAGGAACGCCGUCUGCAUAGCCUUACGCAUACGCCAUUCAGAGAAUGGUGCAGUCACUGUGCCUCUUACCGGUCCAAGUCAGACCGACACGAGGCUCGCACAGGCAAUGCCAGAACGAGUUCAGUGCUGUGCUAUGACUUCUGCUUUACCAAUCGUCUUGAGAAAGAAGAGAAACUUUGUUGCCUCGUUUGCCACGACUCGGACACCAAAUGGAUCCAAGCGUGGCCGGUGUCGCAUAAGGGAGGAACGUCGGCCAGGAAUUAUCUUUCGGUGGAGAUUGCAAAACUGCUUUCUUACUUGGGACACCGGCGGAUAACUUUGAGAGCCGAUCCGGAACCGGCUUGCUCAGCUCUGGGCAAUGCCAUCCAAUCCUUGAGGUCCGUGAGGAGGACCACCUGCAAGUAUGACCCAAGUCUUGUGGAAGCCUUGAGGGACACCCCUGAGCAGCACGUGUCAUUCUUGGCAGGACGGGUUGGCGCGAGCCGUAAUCAGCUGCGCCCAAAGCAGGUUGAGACUGAGGAGGUUGGCAGUGGAAGCGAGGUUGCUGCAAGCGAUCCACCGACUGAGAAUGAAGAUGUGAUAGAUAAUCCCCAUGACAUUGCACCAGCACCGUCCUCUGUGAGACUGCCGGGUGAGUCGGCUUCAGCUACCCCAAGGGAAGUGGCUGUACGUGAGCCUUCCCAGCCUUCUCGACUGCCACAGCAUUUACCGCCUCCUGCAAGUGCGCUGGUCACAGACGAUUCCCCUCCUUCACCAACCCCGGCCUCGGCCCCGGUCUGCCGACCACGCCUGAUGAAGGGUAUGGUGUUGGAGAAAUGA